ACAGCUUUUCAAGAUCGGCGACGACGAGAUCCGUGCGACAUUGGAACCAAUCAGCUCCAUCGUCAACCUCCCCUUAGGGAACAAAGAGGCUGUCACUUUCUAUCAUGCAACAGCAAGGGAAUUCAUCACAGGGGAACCAAUUGGCGAUGUGAAGGACAAGAUAUUCUUCAUUGAUGAUGUGAAAGGGAUGCAUUCGGAAUACCUACCACUCCCCAUUUAGGAGAUGAAAGAAUAUGGAAGGAAUUUAUGGCGAAAAAGGACGAUUAUCACAGGCGCUUCUCCUAUGUUAUUAAAUACUUGCUCAAGCACUUGGACCCUUCGCAACUUUUUUCACAAGAAUCCAUUGAAUUGCAGAACGAGUUUAAUUCCUUCAUCACGCAAAAAUACAUCUUGACUUUCAUGCACUUGCAAUGGUGUGCUGCAUUUCCUGCCGAAUUACUCCAAUGCAAUAAUCACCAUUCAAUCCAACUUCUGAGAGGCUUGCAUGAGGCAGCUGAGACUGCUGCGGAUGCACCAUGGGAACUCUAUCGAUCGAAGCUUCCUUUCGCCCCACCCUCGUCAUCCCUUUACAAACAAUAUGGCCACCUCGCUGAUCCUGUCCGGAUUUUCUCUGCCUUCGGCGAGUUCUCUGGUGGCACCAUUCCAUUAAGCAGGGAUCUGCUCAUCGCCCAAGAAGUCAUGCAGGCAAAGUUGAGUGAACUACCAGAGGUGGUCAAUCAAUGGGGAGGUAAGGCAAUCAAUUAUGAAGCUGAAUUCCACGAACCCGAUGUUCGCAAUGGUAUCGUGACAUGCGCUGCACUCUCCCUCGAUGGUCGCUAUAUUGCACUCGGAUUUGGCAGCGGAAUUAUCGAGGUGGCCGAUAUCAACCACCAGCGCACAAUCUGCCGAUUGCAGCACAGUCCAGCCAAUCUCCCGACCUGGAUCGAAUUUGUUCAUGGUAGCUGCCGAGUCGUCACUGAGGAUAAUGAUGGGAAUGUAAUGAUCCUCAGUGAUGGUAUGACCCCUGUGAAUCUUGGCACUCUUCCCACCGGUCCCUAUCCAGCUGGAACCACAGUCUCAGAUAACGGAUUGUUUGUCGUGCGAGUCCCACGGAAUCUCGACAACCCUUGGUACAACAACAUGAUGCUCGUAUCUGUUUCGGAGGCUCCAUCCAUUCAGCCUCUCACCUCUCCUCCUUUCUCCUCUGAAUCUCAUCUCUCAUCUCAUUGUGAUGAUAACCAUUUAACCACUCCUCACUGUCGGACACUCGGUUUCUCUCCAGCAGCACGUUAUGUUGGCGCUUUUGAUGGGACCCGGGCCGUUACCUGGUCAACGGAAUCAUGCCAGUGCAUUGCGGGUUAUCAAGUGACGAAUUUCAAUGAUCGGAUCCUUAAUCCUAAUGUCCCUCUGAUACGCUCAUAUCUUAUCCCUGAUCCUAUAUUCACCCGAGCCACUCUUCCCUUGGCAGAAGGCGACACAGGCGCUUGCGCGCAUCAUUCCGACGCGGAUGGGGAGCAUGACACUGAUGAGUCCUGGAUCAAGCGCACAUUUUACGACCUCUCACCAAGCAACUUAUUGGGAAGGGUUGGGCUUCACGAUUUGCCUGCCGCAAUGAGAACCUCACCAAUCAAUCUACCAUUGUUGCAAUCAUCCGUGUGCCUGCAUGGCAGAAAUAACUUCGUGCUCCCAUGGGACUAUCGACCGAUCGAUUCCCAGCACGCCUGGUACGGUCACCGAGUGCCAUAUGAUCCCCUGAAGCUUUACCGCCCUCAGUCCAGCAGGGAUGGAACUCGAUUCCUGGUACAGGGAGAGUCAAGGGCCCCAAUUGUCGUGGACAUUAGUCAAGUUGUCUAGCAUUCGCCAGUGCGCUCUUUAUCGUUUACUCGGUCGGCACUCUCUUGGCCAUAAGCUUGAUGACUUUUUACGCCGCAACACUGUUUAGGAUUGUAGAGGGUCUCUGGUGUACAGGAAGCGGUAGCGCCAAAACUGCGGGUGAGGGGAGAAUGAGUAAGCCGCAACACCCUUUCGAAUAAAGGGUGAAUGAAGUAUUGCGGGCUUGUGAUUCAGCUUAUGGGAUGCACGCACAUCCGAGCCGCAGGCUGAAGGAGAUGCUUAACAGUACUUCAUGGAUUUA